AUGAGUUUGGGUGGAUCAUGCAUUCUUUCUGCCAUUGGUGGUAUGGUUUACAAGUUCGAUAGAAAUCAGGUCUAUGAACGUUUACCAGCGUCACAAGAUAUUCAUUUAAAAUAUUUUAAAUUAGAUAACUCGAACGAUUCUAAAACUACGAAACAAUUGAAUCAAACAACCGCUACCAAUAAAGGGAUCUAUAACUCUAAAUUCAUUAAAUUCAAAAAUCAAGUUCCAGUCAUAUUCAUUAAUUUUUUCAAAGACUUUUUUGAAUCAAGAUCAUUUAUAUUACCAAUUAAUGGGAUUAAAGAAUUAUUUAAUAAUUUUAAAGUUUAUAUGGUGCCAACUCUAUUAACUUUUAUCAUAUAUUUUUUAAUGUAUUUACUGGUGUCUAUGGCAUAUUUUGCCACUAUCACACCAGUAUAUACAAGUUUACUGUUAUUCUUAGGUCCACUAGGUUUAAUCAUUUCAUUAAUUCAUACCGUUUUGCAAACAAAUCAAUUAACAAUGAUGUUCAUGAGAUUAAGCCAUUUCCAAAAUUUUGUUGUGAAAAAAUAUAUUAAUCAAAAUGACUUGCAGGAGCUUAUUAAAAAUAAACCCAAACCAAUAAAAUACUAUAUAUCACCAAGAACAAAAUAUUUUUGGGUAUAUUAUUUACCAAAAAAGUUAGUAAAAUAUGUUUUGGGUUUAUUGGUAUUCAAUAUGCUCUUUGCCAUUAGCUUUGCACCAAUUAUUGGUCCAUUCCUUUUCCAUUUUUUAAUAGCACCUGUUAUUACAAGAAUUUAUGUUUCGAAAUUCUUUAGGUUAAGAGGGAUAAGUAACGUAGAGAGAAAUCAAAACUUCUAUUUACAUUUAGGAAGAUAUACAAUUAUUGGUUUAUUUGCAGGAUUAUUAGAAAAUAUUCCAAUUUUAUCUGGAUUUUUUUUAACUUCAAACACAAUCGCCGUUACAAUGUGGGGAAUUGAUGAAAUUUCAAAAUUCGAAUAA